CCACUUCUCUGCGCCUUGGAGUUCACUGUGAAGGUUAGGCGGGCUCUUGCUCUUGGACUGAAGGCAUCAGUUUCUGAAUUUCUACUUGUUGGAUAUUUUUAUCCUCUUUCAGAAAUGAUUACGGAAAAGGGUCUUGGAUGGCGAAAGCUUUUUCUGAUACUCACAGUAAUUCCCUGCUGCAGGAGUUUGCGAGUUUCUAUUCCACAGAAAGAAUAUGAGGCAGCAAGUGGAGCAGAAAUUACCAUGUCCUGCUCCUUCACACCCGCCCGACCAGUCACUGAUACACUCAUCAUCACAUGGAAAGCAUCCCCUCAAACCCUCGGAGAAGCAAUGGAAUCGGUCGCCACCUACUAUUUGAACCAACCGGUUGACAUUGCACCUGACUAUGAAGGCCGGGCCUUUAUGGAGGUUGACCAACAAGUGAGCACACUGCGCCUAACAAAGCUGACCGUGCAGGACAGCCGCACGUACCAGUGCAGUGUCAUGAUCCCCAAAGAUGACGAGGGAACAACCGCCGACAUCACUUCCCUUUUGGUCCUGGUGCCUCCCUCGCAGCCGAUCUGCAGGAUUCAGGGAGAAGCAUCGUACUUUCACAACAUCAGCCUCACCUGCAUGUCUGAGGAGGGAUCACCACAACCUGCAUAUGAGUGGAAAACAUUCAGUGUCAAAAACAUUCCCAGAUCAUUUCCAGCUAAGACAACAGAAAAGAAUGGAGUUCUUUCUCUCUUCAAUAUUUCGAUGGAGACAUCUGGUUUCUUUAUUUGCACAUCAACAAAUCAAAUUGGUUCUUCCUCCUGCAACUUGACUUUGGCUGUGACGCCUGGCAGCAUGAACAUUGGGUCCACUGCAGGUAUAAUUGUAGGAGUCCUCGCAGGCGUUUUGUUGCUUGGGAUUGUCGUAUAUUGUUGCUGCAAGAAAAAGGGCAAACAGGAGGAGUACGCUGAAGGUUCCCCCGGAGAGGCGGCAUUUUAUGACAGAGAUGCUCCUGAAGCUGGAGAGCAGUACUUCGAUGACAAGUCAAAGGGGGACAUAAAGCAGGUCAAGCAGCAUGAAGAGAAAAACCUUCCUGAGAGCUACUACAGCAUAGGAGCUGCUAAAAAGUUAGAGGAUGAUCAACAGAGUUAUUAUAGCAGUCAAGAAAAGCAGGCAGGCAAGGGAAGUGAUGUUGACUCUCGGCAUUACCAGGAGGACCAGCAUGAUCGCCAUCGUGGAAGUCGAGAUCGCCUUGAUGAUGAACACGAUCGUAACAGUGGCCGUCGUGAUCGUAUUGAAGAUGAACGUAGCCACUACAGUGGAAGCCUUGGUCGGCAAGAUGACGGGCGUGAUCGUUCUGGUGGAAGUCGGGAUCGCCUUGAUGAUCAACGUGAUCGCUCCGUUGGUAGUCGGGAUCGCCUUGAUGAAAAUCGUGAUCGUUACAAAGGCAGUCAGGAUCGCCUUGACGAUCAACGCGAUCGUUACAGAGGCAGUCAGGAUCGCCUUGACGAUCAACGCGAUCGUUACAGAGGCAGUCAGGAUCGCCUUGACGAUCAACGCGAUCGUUACAGAGGCAGUCAGGAUCGCCUUGACGAUCAACGCGAUCGUUACAGAGGCAGUCAAGAUCGCCUUGACGAACAUCGCGAUCGUUACGGAGGUAGUCGUGAUCGUCUUGAUGACCGAUCCGAUCGUCAUGGUGGAAGCCGCGAUCGCCUUGAUAACACCGAUGAUCGAAACGGAAGCCGGUAUUAAUAACCUCGCGUUACUGAAUAUUCUUUCAAUGCGCUCAAACAUUUUUUUAUUGGGUGAUUAACUAUUUCAUUGGGUUAAUGGAUUGGCUUAGCGCUUGGUCUCGUCAUAAAGACACAGCUAAAUGAAUUGGUGCAUUCUUGCAAAAAACUAAAAGUUCGUAAAGCUUAAACUCAAAUAGCCUUGGUAACCAACCACAUUCAAAUGAUGGAUGUCCCUAAAAUAAGGCUUUUACAAGAAACAAAAGAGUUGUUCAUUGGGGAUGUAUAAAGAUAAUUGUAUACAGUGUUGGAGGAGGUGCCAUGUUUAUACCUUUAAGAGAUGCUGAGUGGAGAAUGAAAACAAAAUGGCCUGACGCAGCGCACACACGGUUUCGUUGCGUUGACGCUUGCCGGUUGGCAUGUCUGGCGCUUGGGGUUAACGCGACCAACAACCAAUCACAUUAAUCUCCCACCCCGGACACACAUACACACACGGUUUGAUUGGCUAGCGCUUGUACUGGCAUAUUGCAUACGCGGGAUUUGAUUGGCUGGCGCUUCCAUUGAUGCUUGAAAAGUUGAAUUUUCUCAACUUUCACCACGAGCAACGGAGCCAAAGCGAAGCAACGGAACCACAAUGCAGUGGGUCAACGCAACGGAACCGUGUGGACGGGCCGUGACUCGAGAGAAAAUUCCAGAUCUGGGCCCAUAGUGUGUUUUCAUUAAACCCUGCCUCCAAUCCACAGCGUCAGGGAGGGUCUUUGCUCAGUCAAAUUAAUAGACAGGUUGAAUAACUCUGCUGAUUCAAAGAUGCCCCUUUUCAAUGUAAGUCAAUGGGAAAAACUAUUUUUGGGCCUUAUGGCGUCACGGACUUACACAGAAGUUGUAGUACUUCCAUUUGGCCACUACGUAAUCUUCCACGCCCGGCGCACUUCCUGGGAGCUUGGCUGUUUCGCUGGACGCGGUGUAUUAAACGUCCCCGGUGUUAACAAGUGAACAAAGGGGGCAUUUCUUCUAAGUUAAUUAAUGCCUAUAUCACUUAGACCAGAGUCCCCAACACUGUUCAUUUGUGUUUAAUUUUUAAGUCUUUAGGUUGUUCAACCAUGGUAAGGCAUCCAAUACGCACGUGCAAUUGUUUCACCAUUAAAAGUAAACCGGUAACACAUAUAGUGGAGAACACGUGUUGUUGUGUUUACCAGAAGUUCCCAAAAGGGCAACACUUUUAACUUGUAGUAGCUUAGGCUAUAUUUGAGAUGAUGAAUGAUUUUAAUGGAGUCCUUAUCAAGAACUUUUCAGGACACAAUGUUAAACAUGUUUGAUUAUCUACCAAUUAUUGGGCCUUUAAUCAGUUGUAUACCAAAAUCCUUUUUAGCAUCGAUAUUGUUUGUUUGUUUGUUUGUGUUUUUUUAUAAAAACUGGCCAAGUGCCAAAAUCUCAUUGAAUGUAAAUUGGUCAUUGAACUACCCCCAAUCAUGAAUACAAUAAAAGUUCAAAUAAUCAGGCCACCAUUGUUUUAGUAAUUGUUUCAGGCUGCCAAUUCAAAUGUGUACAUUAUUUUUGUCUGAUUAAACUGUCAUUUAUGAAAACUGGCUGAUUUAGUGCCUCAGUUGCAUUUAACAUGAACAUAUGUGUGAAGAACUUCUUUAUAGCAUGUCGUUUAUUCUAUUGCAUUUUUUUUAUUGUGAGUUUGUUGAAUUGAAGUUCACUUAAAGAGACGAUUUGUGUGUUUUUUAAUGUUUUUAUGUGUACAUGUUGAAUGUAAACGCUUUUUUUGUGAGUGUGUCAUGAAGCUAAAUCAAAUGGAGUUUAAUAAAGAAAGUGGGUCAAA